AUGUCAAAUGUCAUUCAAUUUGCUUACAAGCGCAUAGUGAUGACACCAAGUAAAAAAAGUCAUGGACAUACUACUAUACGAAUGGAACGUGUUAAACCGACAGAAAUGGAUAAUAGUAGUGUAAUGCAUGUAGCUGGUGGAGAUCAUAAAGGAAUUAUUAUUAAUAAGGAAGCUGUUUCAGGUGAUAUGGAUAUUAUUCCUCCCAAUUUAAGUCUUGAAUUUAAAGUAUUUUUAACAAAUGCUGUCAAUAAUACUCAUACAAAAGAAAGCAGGCAACUUCGAUUUUGGUUUAAAGAUGAUGUUUCUGAACCAGACCAAAUGAGAAAAGCUCAAGAAUUUUUCAAAGAAUUAAUUACUCCUUGUGAAUUUCCAAGAGAUUAUGUUGGUUUCAUAAAAAAGAUAAUGAAACUGAUGCAGAUAAGAUAUCCCUCAAUUAGGAAGAUAGAAGUUGAAAUUAAACAGCUUGAAGAAUAUAUUGAACCUCCAAGUCGUCCAGCUUCAGCUGAAAAGGAAAAGAAAAAUGGCCAGAUUCUCUUGCAGUUAACAUUGCCAUCAGAAGAUGUGGAUAAGAGAAGAAAAUUAUUAAAUAAAGUUUCAAUGGAUGAUAGUUCUGUAGGGAUGAAAUUUGAAAUAACUCAAGAGAAAGUUUUAGAACUUAUUGAAUCUGCAUAUCCAAAUCCAGUAUCAAUUUCGGAUAUUUCAAAAACAAGCCAGUCAUCUGAAGAAAUAGUGUACCUUCAUUUAACAGAAUUAAUCUCAAAAGGUUUAAUAAAGCAUAUGGAAAAUGGAAAUUAUACUAGAGUAACUCAGGAUGAUACAGAAGUAAAAAUGGUAAGACAAAUGCCAACUGUGGUCAGUUCACAGCAGCCUACAAUAGCCAUAAUUACAGCUCAGUAUUGUGAGAAGUUAGCAGUUGAUGCUAUGAUUGAAAACAAAGAUACAUAUGUUCGUUAUAAAACUGAAGGUAACUAUAAAUUUUAUUGUUACUGUUUGUUCCUCAUAAAUUUAAUACUAUAUUUAUUAUCUUUUGCAAUUUGAAACUGUACCUAAUUUGAUUGAAGACACUAUACCAGUGGCAUGCUGUGACAUUUGAUUAUAGGGAAGCUGUGUUUCUGUAAGAAGCCGACUUCCAGGGACAACCAAUUAAUUGCGCUUGAUUGUCUAUGGUCCAUUCAUAUUCAUUUGUUCGAUAAGCCAGUAAAAACUGUAGACUUCUAAAUGUAUUUUUCAUAUCACAAUUACAUUCU